AUGACAACCUCAGUCAGCCCGGCAACGCAUUAUGAGGCGGCUUACAAGAAAGGUCUAUUGCUGUUUCAGAUGCUGGAAGCUAGCCUUGGUGAGCUCGGUAAUUUACUCAAAAACACAGAUACGCCAACUGAAAGCGAACACCUCAAAUACGAAGAUCUCUUGGAGAACAAUUGGGUUGAGCGGUCCUCCGGGGACGAUUCCAAAAUUCUGGCGCGACUGUUGGAGGACCUUGGAAUCAACACUUCAAGCAAUAUCCCUGUUUCACAUGAACACCACGGCGUUGCACCAAUAGAAGAAUCGCUACAAGAAGGACUUGAGAUGCAGAUACGCUUCGACUCAGUCAUCAACACUUCCGGUGGUAUGAUUGCAGCUAUGAACACGUACAGUCCUGUGCAUGAUUGGAGAAAAGCGAAAGCGGAUGCCGAGAAUGCUCUACUAAAACAAGCCGGCCGCAAGUCUAUGGAAAAAAAUAACGUUGGCGAUGACGUCCCUGGCCUGAAGUACUGGUCAGAUGUCGCAUACCUGCAAUGGGCCUGCCGUAACACGGACUCAUCCGACCUACGUUAUGUGAUGCGGAUGAGCAUCACAAACGAAAGGACAAAAGCAGUCAUCCAGCAUAUCAAACAACAAGCCCAUCCCAAUGCUUCAGGCUCAUACUCAUUCGACGUUGAGGACCGGGAUCAGGUAUCCGCUUUUCUGGGGACACCGAAUGGAGCCGGAGUCGCUUGGUUGCUCAUACAGCAUAAAAAGCAGUUGAGGCAUAAGACAGUUCACAAGGUAACGGUGGAUUGUCGCGAGAUCUGGCAUAAAAGCAAGACGAUUGUUCCAAGCUUGGUGUUCCACCUUCGCGACGUGGUUGCUCCGAAGCCAGGCAGCGAGAAAGGUGAUUGA